UUACUUAAACAAAGUUAUAUAAUUUCUUUCACUGUUUCGUUUUCCUUUUCACUGCCCAUUCCAAUUUUUUUUAUUUCCCACAUUUUGCUAUUAACCAUUUCUUAAUAUCCUCACCAUUUCCAUCUAUACCUAUACAGACAUUUUCAUACAUCGUGGAUCCCCGUCGUUCGCCGUUGAGGAUUCAGGUGUAAGACCAACUGAAUCCCCUGCUCCGCAAUUCCCGCGAGUCUUCGAGGAUUCCGCUGGAAUCAUACAAGAACCUCUGCGACCCGAAGCUGACCUCUUUGGAAUUCCUGGGUUCAGCACUUUCCCCUCUGUCCGAUUUCAUUCAGGUCAACUGGACACUGCAGAAAGUGUUAUUUGCCCAAAGUGUCACGCAGUAGGACAGAACGAAGGACCUCGUGGUUGUUAAGGGAUCUUCUUGACAAGUCGGCCGUACUCUGCCUACACACACGAAGCACCUGCUGAAGAUGACGUGCAACUUCCAAAGAAAGUUUUAACACUGGAAAACUUCAAGGCUUUGAUAAAGAAUUCGGAGACCACAUGAGGAACAUAUAUCUGCUGUGACUUUGUAAAUUAAUGUUUAUGUGGCAACUGGUAGAAAGUAGGAACUAAAACAGAGGAAAGCUUUGAAUAUUUGAGUCCUUACUGAACAGAGAAGAUCCAAAAAAGAAAAACUCGUUGAAAGAAUCCUUCGUCAGUCGAAAUAAAGAUGGUCGUUAUUUCGGAGGGUACCCUAAUGACAUGGGAAGAGAUUAAACCCUAUAUUCCACAUGUCAAGAAACAAACAAGAAUGCAGUUUGUGCAUCUGUAUAGGAGAUAUAAGGACACAAAGAAUUAUCCAUUUUAUUGGGGUGACGAGACUGAAUAUACAUUAAUACGAUUUGACCAUGAAAAACGAGUUGUCCAGUUACUGCUGACUUCCACAUCUUUACUUAGAUCUCCUGAAGUAAAAGGAUUAGAAUCGGGCCUGUGGACCCCGGAAUGUGCUGAAUUCAUGAUGGAAGGCAAACCCAGGAAUCCUUUUGGUAAUUCCAUGACUGAUCUGAAUUGUGUAGAAGACUAUUUCAAAGAAAGGCGUAAAUCACUCAAACAAUUGUUGGGAAAAGACGAAAGUCUGGUUACCUUGACAUCUUUUCCGAGAUUGGGUUGCCCUAAUUUCUCUUUUCCCGCUUAUGAAGCAAACAAGCAAGCAGCUGGAAUCUACCAAUCCGUUUUUAUAGCAGAUGCUGCCUUGAGUUCACACUUUGAGUUCUUUCUAAACAUUUUUGAAAAUAUGACAGACAGAAGAAAAUGUAAAAUUGCUAUCAACGUACCACUUUAUAAAGAUGAAAACACCAUAAUGCCAUACGGAGAAGAUUUGUCCGAAUACGGAGACAAUAAAGAGAUGAAGGAAAAUUUGAAACCAGGACAUAUUUAUAUGGAUACACCGAUAUUUGGAGUUGGCUGUUGUUCUGUACAAGUGACUUUUCAAGCUGCCGAUUUGAAAGAAGCCACGUAUCUCUUUGACAAUCUGGUACCUUUUACGCCAAUUAUGUUGGCGCUGACAGCAGCCGCUCCAAUUCAUCGAGGAUUUUUGUCUGAUACGGACUGCCGUUGGUGCGCUCUGAUUCCCACUUGUGAAGAUCGCACCAAACAAGAACAAGGUUUGGAACCUUUAACUGACGGCAACAUCUUGGUGAAGAAAUCUCGUUUUGAUACAUUGAGCAGUUACCUUUCUGUGAGCGACCAAUUCUAUAAUGACUAUGAUUUCAGUUACGACCACGAGCAGUAUGAAUUAUUGAAGGCUGAAGGUGUUGAUGAAAUGAUGGCGAAAUAUAUUGCCCAAUUCCUGAUUAGAGAUCCAAUCACUCUAUUCAAAGAAAAGAUCCAUCAAGACGAUGCCAAGGAUACUGACCACAUUAUGAGAUAA